AUGAGUAACGCCGACUUUCUCGGCCGGGCCAUCGAGACGGUCAAAAAGGCAAUUGAGACGGACACGGCAGGAGAAUAUGAGAAGGCAUAUCAGCUGUACUACAGCGCUCUUGAGCUUUUCAUGCUCGCUCUCAAAUGGGAGAAGAACCAGAAGUCCAAGGACAUGAUCCGCGGCAAGGUGGCCGAGUACAUGGAGCGCGCAGAGAAGCUCAAGCAGCAUCUGAAUCAAAAUGACGCCUCGAAUCGCAAGAAGCCAGCAGCUAUGGGAUCCAAUGGCAAAUCAGCAGGCGGAAGUGGAAAAGGCGGAGGUGACGAGGAUGAGGGCGAACAAGACGCCGACUCCAAAAAGCUCCGCGGUGCGCUCGCAGGCGCCAUUCUUUCCGAGAAGCCCAAUAUUCGAUGGGAAGACGUAGCAGGUCUGGAGAUGGCGAAAGAAGCACUCAAGGAAGCUGUCAUAUUACCCAUCAAGUUUCCGCAUCUGUUUACUGGGAAGCGACAACCAUGGAAGGGCAUAUUACUCUAUGGGCCCCCUGGUACGGGUAAGAGUUACCUGGCAAAAGCGGUCGCUACCGAGGCGAAUAGCACAUUCUUUAGUGUCUCCAGUUCCGAUCUCGUCAGCAAGUGGAUGGGUGAAUCAGAACGACUCGUAAAACAACUCUUUGGCAUGGCUCGCGAGAACAAGCCUUCGAUUAUCUUUAUCGAUGAAAUUGACGCCCUCUGCGGACCUCGAGGUGAAGGAGAGUCGGAAGCAUCGCGACGUAUCAAGACGGAACUGCUAGUGCAGAUGGACGGUGUAGGCAAGGAUUCCAAGGGCGUGCUCAUUCUCGGCGCAACCAAUAUCCCCUGGCAACUCGACUCUGCCAUUCGACGACGAUUCCAGCGCCGAGUCCAUAUUUCACUGCCAGACACCCCUGCCAGGAUGAGGAUGUUUGAGCUCGCAGUCGGUAAUACGCCUUGCGAGCUGAAUCAAGCCGAUUACAAGAAGCUGGCGGAGCUCAGCGAAGGGUAUUCUGGAUCUGAUAUUUCCAUUGCAGUACAAGACGCGCUCAUGCAGCCUGUACGACUGAUCCAGACGGCGACACACUACAAGCCUGUCCAGGUAGACGGUCAAACAAAGUGGACACCGUGCUCACCUGGCGACCCACAAGCGGAGGAGAAGUCAUGGACAGACCUGGAUGGCGAUCAAUUGCUUGAGCCGCCUCUCAAGGUCAAGGAUUUUGUCAAGGCAAUCAAGGCUUCAAGACCGACUGUUAGUGGCGAGGAUUUGAAGCGCAGCGCCGAGUGGACAAAGGAGUUUGGUAGUGAGGGCGCGUAG